AUGCCGACAACGCUUUUGGCCAGCCCGAGGCUACUCCCGCUCAAGCUUCAAAACGUUCUCGAUUUGGCACCGGCAAACAAUACGACCACUGCCUACAAGUCCGUGCCACUUAAGGUCUCAGUCUCCAACUACAACGAGCUCGAUACCCGCGUCACGCUCUACCACUGGCUAGCAACCGAUGCUUCAACCAAGGAGACUCUUCGAUGGGACUAUAUCUCUGACGGAAGAACAACCACAGAGCAGACUGUCAAGUUCGAUCCCGAAAAACAAGAACAUCACCGCUGGCAAGCAGCCAUCCAGUUCCGCCAGCCAUCUUGGUCCAUGUGGACAAACGAUUUCGAAGUCACACCCGAUGACCGGCACGUGGGAAAGUCGCUGGAGUUCAGCAUCAAGUCGGAUAUCUUUCGUGCCCAACUUGGGGAUAAGACUAACGACGUACGCGUUCUCAAGCCCGGUGGUGAAUUCCCCAAAGAAACCAGGAGCACCAACAUCAACUCCUUCUUCUUCAUGACUCUCAAGAACUCUUUCAGAGUGGGAGCCAAUGUCGACGUCACGCUGCAGACUACCUCCCAAAAGUGGCUUCAAACACAAGAGUUCUCCGAACAACCUGGCAAGGAAUCCCAACAAGCGUCCCCUUUCUUUUAUGAGAGGAAGGACGCCAAAGACUACGUCGAGCAAUUCUGCCUGAAGGUCACACGCCAGGGAACAGGAACUCCGCCGCUGUAUGGGUACACGAGCAACUGUGUCGUUAGUGCCGAUGACGCGGGAAUGGUGCGGCAACUGGAGGUUCGUACGGAUGGGUUCACGUUGCUUGGUGCGAAGAAGCCGUGUACAGGGAAGUGGGAGACACAGAGGAUCGGUGUUUGCUGA